AUGGCAACGCUGCUGAAAGCUUUUGGUCGCUUCUUUACGAAGCAUCCUUUGGCGGGAAAUGGGCUCGUGUAUGGUACACUGUAUGUCGGGGCAGAAUUUUCGCAACAAACAAUUACGCGAAAAUUCUUGAAUGACCCUCCCCAGGCCCUCGAUCAGCCCACGCUUGCGCGAUACGCCGUAAUGGGCACAUUCAUUUACUCACCAAUACUGUACAACUGGUACAAGUGGUUGGAUAAAACCUUCCCCGGCACUACCAAACGAAUAAUCGUGAAGAAACUGCUGCUGGAUCAGUUUGUGCUAACACCUCCACUAUUAGUUAUAUUCUUUACCGGAAUGUCCCUGAUGGAACGACAAACAUCAAUCACCGAAGAGUGCCGCCAAAAAUUUGUGCCCACUUUCGCACGAUCUUGCCUGUUUUGGAUUCCUGCCCAAACACUCAACUUUGUGCUCGUGCCACCAAAAUUUCGCGUUGUCUACGUCGGAUCCUGUGCCUUCGCUUGGGUGAAUAUUUUGUGCUGGGUUAAGCGCCAGAAGAUGAUUAAUUCUAAUUAA